AUGGUGACAACUUGCAAUAACACGCUAAAUGCAACGCCAACGAUCGCCGCCACGAUACCACCGGCCAUUGUGGAAAAAUUAAUCACUUAUUCCAUUAUUUCUGCUUUAACCAUCACUACCAAUGGCCUGUUAAUUCUACUCAUUGCACUGCAUCGUUCGUUGCAUCAUGUCUCCAAUGCGAUGAUUGCAAGUAUGGCGGUGGCAGCAAUUUGUUAUUCGCUCACUUAUUUAAUGCCACGAUGGGCAUUGUAUGAAAUUCUCAACUUGCGCCGAAAUGCUGCUGCUUGUACACUACUUCCCAUGAACGGAAUCUUGUUUAUUUUAAUUUUAAAUUCUCACAUUUGUUUAGUCAGUUUCGAUCGUUAUGUUUCAGUAACGCAUCCAUUUAGUUACAAUCGUCGUGCUACUCCACGACUAGCGGCGAUCUUCAUUGCUAUCGUAUGGUUCUUGCCCAUUUUGGCUAUUUUUAUACCCUUAGUCUCAUUUUUGAAAUUUUCUAGCCAUCGAUGUGUCCAGUUAAGACCAACUGACGUUGUCGAACAUCGUGUCUAUUUAAUAUUAUUAUUUACUGUAUUAUUUUUUAUUCCCCUUAUAGUAUUAGUUUUUGUCUAUGGACGUAUCUUAAUUAUUGUCAAUGAUCACACGCGGCGCCAGCAAUACUUUCAGAAUGGCCCUUCGUCCACCCCAACGCAUGCCAUCAUACGCAAUAUUAAAGCAUUACGAAGUAUGGCCAUCAUUGUUGGUGUAUUUAUCCUCUUUUGGAUGCCUUAUGUAAUCACCUUCCUAUCCCUCUAUUUAUCCACUCGUAUUACACAUUUACAAGCUACCGUUGUACGCAUCAGUCAAUAUUUCGCCUUUUCCUAUCCAGCGGUUUGCCCGCUUAUUUACGUAUUCUUUACUGCCGAUCUGCGAAGCCAUGUUUUAAAAUAUUUCCGUUUUGGUGAUAUCAAACGUGAGCAUUGUAUAACACUCGAUAGUACACUUCGACGUUAUUCUGAUUUGAACCUUAACAUGUCAGUCACAAUCAACAAAAAAAGCAUUAAAUAA